GCAGCUCACACACACUCUUCCUGCUCACAUUUAAUUCAGAAACCAGCUCACAGCAAUUAAAGAUCUGAAGCAUAAUGACAUCUCAGGUCUCAAAGACUAUCCUGCGACUGGAGGCUGAAGACGUCCGCGCACUAAAAGAUGGAAUUAAUUUUAAGAAAAACCAAGAGGAUGGCAAAUGUUACAUCAUUUACAAAGGCAAAGACAAAAUACGAGCGUGUGUGAACCAGUGCAAACACCAGGGAGGACUCUUCAUUAAAGACAUAGAAGACAUGGACGGCAGAACAGUGCGCUGCACCAAACACUACUGGAAACUGAACGUGGCCACAAUGGAGUAUGUCAACCCUCCAGACAGCUUCAUGCAAGACGAACUCGAGGCAGUGCUAUCAGAUAUUGAUGGUAGUUUAGAGCUGGUGGAGUUGAAUCCUCCAGACCCCUGGACCGCAGAGCCCAGAGAAGCACAAGAGCUGCAUGCCGGAGAGAUUAUGGUACAUAAUCAGACCAUAUAUCUCAUCAUGUCUCUGAUGUAUCUGGAGAAAAGUGGAGUGAAUUUAACAAACAUAAACGUGGUGCCGUUCGGCGUGUGGCAGAAUGUCGAUGAACACCUGCGAUUUAUGAUUCUAAUGGACGGAGUUCAUCCUGAGAUGGACACCUGCUUGAUCGUGGAGUAUAAAGGUCACAUGAUCCUGAAUACGGUGGACUGCACCAGACCAAACAAUGGAUGUCUUCCUCACGGUGUUGAUGUGAUGAUGAGUGACUUCGCCGGUGGCGCCUCCGGUUUUCCAAUGACCUUCCACGGCGGCAAAUACACAGAAAGCUGGAAGGCAGAUUUCAUCAAGAACGAGAGGAAGAAGCUGUUAAACUAUAAAACGCAGCUGGUGAAAUCACUGCAGCCUAAGAUCUACUGCCCUUUUGCUGGAUACUUCACUGAAGCACAUCCCUCUGACAGGUACAUAAAGGAGACGAACAGCAAGAACAGCGCAGCAGAUCUGAAUGAAUCGAUAAGGAAGAGCUGUCCGAACAUCUUAACCUGGACUCCUGUACCCGGAUCAGUCCUGGAUUUGGCCCUGGCACUAAAUGACCCAUCCAACAGGGGAGUCAUCACUGAGCCGCCCAAUGGCACAAAGAUCUAUAAGGACAGUUGGGACUUUGACUUGUAUUUGGAUGAACUGAAUGCUUCCGUUUCAGCUGAAAUCUUUAAAUACAAAAGCUGGAUCCAGUACUAUUAUAACUGGGCAGGAUUUAAAGACUACAAUCUGGUCAUUCGGGUCACUGAGACGGAUGAUGAUUUCAAGCCUCUGAAAGGAGGUUAUGACUAUCUGGUGGAUUUUCUGGAUCUUUCUUUCCCAGCCGCGCGUCCGGAGAGAGAUCACGCGUAUGAGGAGAUCAAGAACCGAGUUAAUGUGAUGAGACACGUGGUUCUGAACGGCCGGCUGUGGGACGACCUGUACAUCGGCUUCAAUAACAGAAUGAGUCGAGAUCCUGAUGUUUACCACCACAAGUUCUGGAAUCACUUUCAGACAGAACUGCCUCUAUCAGCACCAGACUGGGAUCGUUUCCUUCAGAUUGCCUGUGAAACGGACGUGCCAAACGAGAGCAGUAAUGGCUGUGCUCUAUCUUAACACAAACACACACACAUCACAGUUAUCUGUGUCAUUUUUCUGGAUCACAGCGCUGUUUACGUGGUUUUGAGGGUCUGACGGGUUUGAAUCUGAUGCUGCUCUAUCACUUCUGCUUAAUAACUGUAAGACAAAGACAAACACUACUUGA